CGGCGGGGCCGCCAUUUUGGAGCGCGCCUGAGGGAGCGCCUACCGGCUUUUGGCGCCGUUGCCGCCGCCGCCCGCGGCCUCGCGGGGCAGGAUGAAUGUGAUCGACCAUGUGCGGGACAUGGCGGCCGCGGGGCUGCACUCCAACGUGCGGCUGCUCAGCAGCCUGUUGCUUACCAUGAGUAACAACAACCCUGAGUUAUUCUCUCCAUCUCAGAAGUACCAGCUAUUGGUGUAUCAUGCAGACUCUCUCUUCCAUGAUAAGGAAUAUCGGAAUGCUGUGAGCAAGUAUACCAUGGCUUUACAGCAGAAGAAAGCUCUAAGUAAAACUUCAAAAGUGAGACCUUCAACUGGAAAUUCUGCAUCCACUCCACAGAGUCAGUGUCUUCCAUCUGAAAUUGAAGUGAAAUACAAAAUGGCCGAAUGCUACACAAUGCUAAAGCAAGAUAAAGAUGCCAUUGCUAUCCUGGAUGGGAUCCCUUCAAGACAAAGAACUCCUAAAAUAAACAUGAUGUUGGCAAACUUGUACAAGAAGGCUGGUCAGGAGCGCCCUUCAGUCACCAGCUAUAAGGAAGUGCUGAGGCAGUGCCCGUUAGCCCUGGAUGCCAUCCUUGGACUGCUGUCCCUUUCUGUGAAAGGUGCUGAGGUAGCAUCAAUGACGAUGAAUGUGAUCCAGACGGUUCCUAACCUGGAUUGGCUCUCUGUGUGGAUCAAAGCAUACGCUUUUGUGCACACUGGUGACAAUUCAAGGGCAAUCAAUACCAUCUGUUCACUAGAGAAAAAGUCCUUAUUGCGAGAUAAUGUGGACCUCCUGGGAAGCUUAGCGGAUCUGUACUUCAGAGCUGGAGAUAAUAAAAACUCUGUAUUGAAGUUUGAACAGGCACAAAUGUUGGAUCCAUAUUUGAUAAAAGGAAUGGACGUAUAUGGCUACCUGCUGGCCAGAGAAGGGAGGCUAGAAGAUGUGGAGAACCUUGGCUGCCGCCUCUUCAACAUCUCCGACCAGCAUGCAGAACCCUGGGUGGUGUCCGGGUGCCAUAGUUUCUAUAGCAAACGUUAUUCCCGGGCACUCUAUUUAGGAGCCAAGGCCAUUCAGCUGAAUAGUAACAGUGUUCAGGCUUUGCUACUUAAGGGAGCAGCUCUAAGGAAUAUGGGCAGAGUCCAAGAAGCAAUAAUCCACUUUCGGGAGGCGAUACGGCUUGCACCUUGUCGUUUAGAUUGUUAUGAAGGUCUCAUCGAAUGUUAUUUAGCCUCCAACAGUAUUCGUGAAGCAAUGGUCAUGGCUAACAAUGUUUACAAAACUCUAGGAGCAAAUGCACAGACCCUUACCCUUUUAGCCACCGUUUGUCUUGAAGACCCAGUGACACAGGAGAAAGCUAAAACCUUAUUAGAUAAGGCCCUGACACAAAGGCCGGAUUACAUUAAGGCUGUGGUGAAAAAAGCAGAGCUUCUCAGCAGAGAACAGAAAUACGAAGAUGGAAUUGCUUUGCUGAGGAAUGCACUAGCUAAUCAGAGUGACUGUGUCCUGCAUCGGAUCCUAGGAGAUUUCCUUGUAGCUGUCAAUGAGUAUCAGGAAGCAAUGGACCAGUAUAGUAUAGCACUAAGUUUGGACCCCAAUGACCAGAAGUCUCUAGAGGGGAUGCAGAAGAUGGAGAAGGAGGAGAGUCCCACGGAUGCCACUCAGGAGGAGGAUGUGGACGACAUGGAAGGGAGUGGGGAAGAAGGGGACCUGGAGGGCAGCGACAGUGAGGCGGCCCAGUGGGCUGACCAGGAGCAGUGGUUCGGCAUGCAGUGAGGCAGGCGGCAGCUCUGGCCACACUGCCCUGCCCUGCCCCGAGCACUUCCUGCGGACUGAAGGAUCCUGUAGGAGCCUGCUCUCUGGGAGGACCAUGAUUCAGCAUGCGAUUGGUUGCAGCAGGGGUUUCUGCCUCUUGCUCCAUAUUGCUAGUAGUGACUUCUUUUUCGAAACUGAGCCUGAUCAACCUUCCAUGUAUCUUCAGCCUCCCCCGCUUCAGCCAGGGCGAACUGAGGAAGCACUCUGGGAGGCCUGCUGAGAGCUGGGCUUGUGGGACAGAGUGCUUUCUCUGUAUUACUGAUUCGCAAUAUGAAAGCUCCAGGAUAGCCAGUGUUUUGUCUGUGGUCUUACGGGUGGGUUCGACGGAGUGACCUGUCACUCAGAGAGUCAUCUCCGGAGUUGGACAGCGACACAGGCAGGUCCUUUGAGAGAGGGUUCUUGUUCCCAGCAAUCAUUGUUGGUCUGUCCAAACCUCCCUUUUAACCUUGCUUCCUUCUGCAAUGUUAGUAAUGCCUUAAGCUGACAGUUGCUAUUUUGCAGAACGACUUUCCUACUUGCUAAUCUGGUAACUUGCCUAUGAACCUAGGCUUGGAUAUGAGAAACAGGUGUGACCUAGAGCAUGAACGGAGGCACACCUUGGGGUAAUAACUAAUAAAAUGUUUUUGUACAGUAAAAUGGUGUUGGGUUAAUCAG